GCCGCUGCGUGGUUGUGCGUUGCGAGUCACGUGCUCGGGCGGGCUCUCGCACGGCCCUCUGUGAGUCUUAUCGGCCGAGAAGAAGGCACCUGAUUGUGACGUUUCGAGAAGGCUCCAAAGGCGCGUGCAGCAGCUGUUGUAGCUAAGUGACUCACUGUUGCUCCCAAGCGCUUCAGUAUGUCUGGCUCCACCUCGCUUUACCCAUCACAACUGUGCUCGCAUCGCUUAUCCACUGCACUAGCCACGUCCCUCAGCGCGCAGGAUUCGCGCUCGUCAGUAUUGCAUCGGCAGAAAUUGAAAGAUGUCGGACUCUUGGAACAAGCAGUAUCACUGGAGGACCAAGGGAACCACGGCUUGGGCAAAGAGCUAUUUCAACGCUCACUUGGUAGGCCUGGAAGCGCAGCUAGCUGGUGGAAGCAUCAAGACCACCGAGAUCAAGGAUUGGGAGGGUGGUGAUGUGGAGCUGGGCAACAGGAAGAACAAGUUGAUCACCAUCUACGAUUGCUCUUUCGCUCUUAAUUGGAGCGGUCAAGCAUCCGAUGGGUCUGAAGUAGCCGGUGUGAUUAGGUGGCCGGAAGUGAGCCACGAGAUUGAAGACAAUGAUGAGGAGUACAGGUUCGAGACGGAGCUCACGACAGGCGGUAACAGCGCCUCGUCACUCUACACCGAGCUUCGUUCCAAAUUCGCUCCGACAUUGAUCCCCGUUUUCAAAUCCUUUAGACCCACACUAGUAGCUACGCACGCAGGCGAUCUGGGCCACGAACAGGAAGCCGAGAGUGCCAAAAAGGAUGCCAAGCCGAUUCCGGAUGGGGCGCCCGUGAUUGGGGCUGCAGAGGAGAAGAAGGCCAGCGAUGAGAGUGCAGAGAGGGAAAAGAAGGAGAAGGAGGAUAAGGAAAAGGCCGGCAUUCCCCUCUUGCCUCCCGGCUUUGGAAGUAUCUGAGCGUGUAAAUGAAGCAUUUGGAUAUUGGGGCAAAUCUACAAGGCGAAAUAGAUGCGACAACAGAACACACAGGACUUAGCAGCGGCUCUACGUUCUUGAGCGUUCGCAGUCUGGGUGCGCUAGUUCAGUGAGGUCAUGUCAUGAACCAAGCGCAAUCGGAGGUGCAGCCUCGCUGCCAGUUUGGUCACGUCACGGGACGGAUACUAAUAAGCGGUAGGGCAGAAUCUCUGGCGGGCAAUCGAUGCAAAAGGUCAUGACAUUGAGAGUCUGGACGAGAGAGAUGCAAUGCGAAUGGAGGUGACGUGUGAAAGCG